AUGGCCGCGGCGAUCGCCAGCUCCCUCAUUCGGCAGAAGAGGCAGGCGAGGGAGCGGGAGAAGGCGAAUGCCUGCCGCUGCGCAAGCAGUCCGGAUAAUUGCAAAGCAGGGGACAGGGGACCCUGUGAGAAACCGAGCAAGCUGAACGUGUUCUCACGCGUCAAACUCUUUGGCUCUAAGAAACGGAAGAGAAUAAGGCGACCAGGUGUGCUCUUGAGUGUGAUCUUUCGAACUUAACACAAAAACUGUCAUCAUCACCAUCAUCAUCAUCAGCGGUGUAGUGGUGCCUGGAGAAGUGGGUAUACUUUAAUUUUGCCAAUAAUUUCCCAAACAGUCAGCCUGGCGAAGGAAAGGUGCCCUGUGUGAAAAAUUCAAUGAGAAACAGUGACAUACACUCUGAAUUACCUAAAAUGAUAAAUCCCAUAUUGAUCUUUCACAGUCAGGCCAACCCAAGCUGUACUGUGCAUGUAGGAUAAUAGUAGGCCUACUAUUGAAACAGAAAAAUGAGGCUGUCAACUGAGUCAGAAUUUACAGGUUUCGGUUUUUCCCCAUUUUCUUCAGGUUUUUGGUCUCAAAGUCACACUUUUUUAAUAGAAGGCAACAAAAGUGGAUGUUCUAAGUCGAUAACAAUGCUUAAACCACAUCAGGAGACCACUUUUGAGGUUUGGGAGCAAUCUAAGACUUUUAGAUUUUUAAGUGUAGUUACCCUUUAAUUCAAGUGUGCAGGCACCUAGCACUGUUGUUUGGUUAGUGGUGUUUCUGUAGCACAUGAGAUGGAGUUGGCAAAACAUUUUUGCCAAUGGAUUGAUGCAAAUAAUCAUGAUAUCAUUCUGCCAGGUAGGCAUAGGCUACUUUGUAGCUAGUUAAUAUUUAAUUGAGAAGGUUUUUGGGAAAGCCUUUCCAUCUACCAGAAGACGGUUAGGCCUAUCAUUAGAAUCGUUAUAUAUUUCCUGUUCCUUAAUUGUUUGAAACCUGGACGUUUUACUUCAUAUUAUGAGGCAUGUCUUACCUUGCUUCAAAGUAGCCUAUAGCCAAAAUCCCACCAUUAGAAACGUGGAGGCAAUUAUUUUAUAAAGACGUACUCAUAUGCGUUCUCCUGUUCAAUUGGUUUUCUUACAACUGUCUUUCAUUGUCUAGCAGCCAAAGGCAUUAUUCUAGUCAUAUUAGUGACCCAUGAUAGUUGUUGCAUCUUUAGAUCUUCCCUCUUUCAAAAUUUCUGCUCACAUGUGCAGUGUGCAUUUUAGAAUGGUAUUUAUCCACAAAUUGCAUUUUGGAACAUUUGCACAUAGGCCUACCACUGUGUGCACAUUUCUGCACCUAAAAUGUGAAGAAAUAAUAGUUGAUCAACAUUUUAAGCUAAACAUUCUGAUCUGUUCCAUCAACUUUAUUAAUUGAUAUGCGUAUACCUGCAAUACACUACUUUGAUAUGCAUCGUGGGGAUUAAGAAGUGAGUAUACACAAUGCCCACUGAAAAAUAAGUUGGUAUACAGCGUAUACCUGCGUAUACCCUCCACUACACCACCGAUCAUCACCACGAACACAAACAGCACCACUUCUAUCCUAUCCCACUUUAAAUGUGAAGAUCUUGGAGCAAUGACACCUCUGUCCAAAUGGUGAUAUUAUAGCAUAAAAAUACCUUAUUUGACUAUUUAUUCCAUCAAACUCUGGUGAUUCUGAAAGUCCAUGCACUCAUCAAUUCAUUACCUCACUCUAACACUUAAGACACCAGCAAUACAUUCAGUGCCAUUAUUGGAUAAGUGCGCAACACCUUCACACUGCCAUGCUUCUGUUGUGCAUGAUAUUAUCAUCUAAACAAGAAUGCAAUUCAAACUACAUUGUCCCGUAUCCAGACAGAUAGAGCACCUGUUUUUGAAUCUAUGAAUUAGCUUUUUCUUGCACGGCCGGCCACCACUAUCCCAGGUACCCAUCACACUGUCUGGGUUUGUGCCAUAGUGUGAUGUCUAUGGGAUGCCUGAGGUUCCCCGGAUAGUUUACUACUGACUGUGAAGCAGUGGCAAACUAGUAGCGUUGGACUAUAGACUUGGCAUAUGUCCAAUCUCUCCUCCCCUCCUCUCUUCCCCGUUCUCACGUUCUGCCCUGUCGUCUCCACAGAGCCCCAGCUCAAGGGGAUAGUGACGAGGCUGUACAGCCGCACAGGAUUCUACCUUCAAAUGCAAGCUGAUGGAACCAUCGACGGAACCGAGGAUGAGGACAACAGCUAUGGUAGGACUAUGUGCAUUUGACUGUGUUUUUGCCUUUAAUUCAUUCAGAUUUGAGAUUAUUGUUAUAUAGAAUUCAAGAAGAAAUGUAGCCUUGACUUUUUUGCUCAACGUUUCCUGUAGCUGUAUUUUCACUAUUACAUAUUGAGUAUAAUGUUACAGUAUACUACGCACCCUCUCUCUAUUGUAUUCCACAUUGCAGCUGUGUUCAACCUCAUUCCUGUUGGGCUGCGAGUUGUGGCCAUCCAGGGGGUUCAGACCAAACUCUACCUGGCCAUGAACAACGACGGCUUCCUGUAUACCUCUGUGAGUCUCCUUCCUUCUCCACCACAACAUUGGGUCUCCUACAUGCUAAACGCAGGUUGUAUAUCACAGUAUAGUAAUUACCUGUGUUACUGAGCUAGUUGAUUACAUUGAAGGUCACCUUAACUGCCAUGUUAAUAAUAUUUAAGCAUCAUUUGUUGGUUUGAAAACCCAAGUUGGUUCCAUUUGUUGGUGUGUUUAUGUCCCCAUUGGUAACCUGGGGGGCAUCUUAUUGAGAGGGCUGGUUUGUAUUCUGGGCGAGACACAUGAGUAUGGAAAUGCUAAUGUUAAUCCUCUCAAGUUGUUAUUGUUUUAGCUCUGGUAAGGUUAUUUAGCAAUCUGCAUGGAAAAAUACAGCAUGGACUGAAUUUCAAACACCAUUUAGAUUAAUUCUGUUUAUUUAAAUUGCCUAAAGCCUAGCCUAGCCGUUUGUGUGUGUGUGUGAUUGGGUGUGUUUGUGUGGUCACCAUGAACAUUGGUGUCACUGGAUAUCUCUUGCCAGAAUGUGGUUUUGUAUCGAUCAUUGCCGAUGAAAAUAUUGAUCUUUGUCUGGCAAUUGAAUGAAUCAGUGUUUUCAUACUGUGCAGUUUAAAAUCAGCUCUCAUCCACAAUCUGUGCAAGCUGUGGGAGUGAUGGAUGGCUCAUGGUGGCUCCAAAAAUCAGAGAUUCCCAUCCUAGGCAUGUUCACACAGUAUGGCAAGCGAGUUCAAUUCAGCUCAUCAGUUAACUGAGGUUUUUGCAACUCAGUUCUGAAAGUGAACAGUGGUAGGGGAUCUCUUAUUGUAGAUUUGCUGCCGGGCACUGUGUGGCUGGCUUAUCCUGACUUGUAAGCUGUGCACGUAAAAGGUUCCCAAGCAUAGAAAUGGAAUUGGUCCGAACUGCCUUUUAGCUCAGUCUUCUGUGCCGCUUUUGACCAAUUCCAUCAGUGUUUCAGUCCAGUUAGUUGUUCCAUCCCUUCUGUCUUCAUUUACUCCCCUUUGGGCAUUUGAUAUGAAUGGAGAGCCUAGGACCUAGGUGAUAGUGAAAUGGCUGAAAUUAGGUGGCUAUUUCUUUCUUUCUCUCUGUCUGUCCAUCUCUGUUUCUUCUCUCUUUAUGUUGUCUCACAUUUACACUCCUGUCUUUCUCUCUUCGCUGUCUCCCUCUUUAGGAACACUUCACCCCAGAGUGUAAGUUCAAGGAGUCAGUGUUUGAGAACUACUACGUGACCUACUCCUCCAUGAUCUACAGACAGCAGCAGUCGGGCAGGGCCUGGUACCUUGGCCUCAAUAAAGAGGGGGUCAUCAUGAAGGGCAACCACGUGAAGAAGAAUAAACCAGCGGCCCACUUCAUCCCUAAACCACUAAAAGGUGAGUGGUCCUUUUUCUGAGAGGCUUUGUGUUUGUCUUUGUGUAUCUGUGUUGAAGUCUGUUGGGGGAACCCUAAAGUGUCUCGUUAGAAAGACUCACCCUAGUAUAUUGUUGCGUUUUACAGCAUAAUGUUUGUCAAAGGCAUGACCUCUGCAUAAUCAGUGUUGGGGAAGCUACUCUGAAAAUAUAGUUUACCAAGCUACCAAUUACUUCACACUAGAAGAAGUUAAGAUACACUAAAACGACCCUUAAGAAACAUAUAGUUUACUUAACUAAACUACCACCAAGCUACAGCUAAAUGUAAUUACUACUCCCCAACACUGUGCAUAAUACAGACAACCAGACUUUAUCUUUACCAAACUUGAUCCCCUCUCUGCCUCUUUGUCUUCCAGUUGCCAUGUACAGAGAACCGUCUCUCCAUGAUCUGACAGAGUUCUCCCGCUCCGGCAGCGGUACUCCCACUAAGAGCCGCAGUGCAUCGGCCCUGCUGAACGGAGGAGGGAAGCCGCUGAGCCAGAACGAGCAGUCCACAUAGCUGUGGGGAUCAGCCUCGGACAGAGGGCGGCUCUCACAGUCUUACAGUAAGCAGACUCAACUGAUCCUCAUCAAACUGAACAGGUGGAGAGGAAGGACAUUUACUUAGCUUAGUGUGUACUGAAACCACUGUGACAGACUAUGACAUCAUCAAUUAAAUAAAUCCAUGAGCUUCUGCGGGUCAACUUUGCUAUGAACUUCGAUACAAAAAGCCUAAACCAUUUUGCUGGUCUGGAGUUUAUAUUCUUUCUUGGAUUAUUCUUGAGCAUAUGUAGUGUAUUACACAUGUAUAUCUCUCCAAGGGUCUUGAGAGGGAGAGUUACUGGCCAGUAAUUAUGUGGUCUGUGAUCUGUUGCUUCCAUGCCUCCUAAAAAAGCAAUUUCUUUGUGUUUGAGUCCAAGAAAAGUGUACAUAUCUGCAAGCCUUCUGCCUCGGUCUGACUAUCUGCCAUAUACAUUGCUUGCAAGUGAUACCAAUUGCGUUCAUUUGUUCCUGUGUACCAAAGACUCAAACGUGUUUCUCUGGUUUUGCUCAAGACAAAGAAGUCUGAAAAACUGUGUACUAAUCGUACUACAUACUAUUUAGAACAUACUGUUUUUAAAAAUGUAUAUAGUAAGCAACACAUAUCAACAUACUAGGCUCACCCAUACUGAGAAUGCAUCAUCUAAUGCACAGUUGCGUUGUUUUCCACCAUUAAUUAAUUUUUGUACAAUUCUUCCCCUUAUCUGAUCAUCAGCUGUUGCCAAACACAUGUGGGUCUGAAAGAUUCUCUUUCUCAAUAGCAUGCAGCGAAUUCGUACUAGAUGAAAAGUUGAAAUGAUUAUGACAUCGUGGCAUUUAAAGCAUAUAACAUUUUCGAAAUGUCACAUACUAAUAAAACUUUCUUUAGAACGCAAGUAGACUAUGAGUAGGCUACGGGUAAUCGGACACGACCAAUGUGUGGUUUAUAGCGACUUGUUUUGACAGACCCUCUCUGUUUCUCUAUAGUGUUUAAAGAGUCCGUUUCCAUCUUCAUUUAUUACAUCCGAAGCCUAAUUAGAGACCUCUGUUUGUGAGAUCUUGUUGUUUAAAUACUUACAUCAACCCUUUUACAGUCAUUAGUAGGCUCCUUUUACAUUCUAGAUGACAUAACAAACCAUAAAUGUACUUUCAUAUUGUAUUUAGAUCUGUUUAGUCAUUUGUUUGCGUGUAUGUGUAUUAAGUGCUUGCGUGCGUGUAUGUGGAAGGAUAAUAACAUAAUCCUUGAUUUUGUAAUGUACAAUCAAGUGGGGAUUAUUAGUGAAAUUGAGGGCUCUUCCAGAUAAAAUGAUUGUAUGUAUUCUCCUGCAUAGUUUUUUCCUUCCCUGAGGCCAAAUACACUGAACAAAAAUAUA